GGUGACGGUUGUCCAGCUUCUGACGGCCAUCCCCACCAGAACUACACUUAACUCCUCGCUCUCUAUGGACGGCUACUCUCUCUCCCCAAGGGCGUGAAGAAUCUUCCCUUUCUCCAGCGGUUUUUCAUCAGAAACUUCUCUUUGGAUAACUGUCACCACAGAAGCUUGCCUGGGCUGGACAUCGUCAUCUGGGUCACCUAAAAAAAGAAAGCAUGCAAGACGACAGCAUAGAGGCAUCCACUUCCAUCUCUCAGCUUCUGAGAGAAAGCUAUCUGGCUGAAACCAGACAUCGCGGGGACAAUGAGCGGAGUCGAGCAGAACCGUCCUCCAACCCUUUCCAUUUCAGCAGUCCUGGGGCUGCCGAGGGAGGAGGCCCGGAGGACCUUCCGGACCUUUCUGCCUUCCUGAGCCAAGAGGAGUUAGAUGAAAGUGUCAAUCUGGCAAGGCUGGCCAUCAACCACGACCCCUUGGAGAGAGUGGAUGAAGCGCAAGCCAGGAAGCGUCUGUCUUCCGACCAGACGAAGCAUGCGUCCAAGCCAAGCUUCGAACCCGCCUUCCGCCAGGACAGCUCCCGAGCUCCUGCCAGCCCUAAAGACAGCCCGCCGGAGACCAAGAGGCCCCAGUACAGUUCUGAAACCCAGUCCAAGAAAGUCUUCCUGAACAAGGCUGCCGAUUUCAUCGAAGAACUCUCCUCCCUCUUCAAGGCUCACAGCUCCAAGAGGAUCAGACCCCGGGCCUGCAAAAACCACAAGAGCAAGACGGAAUCCCAGAAUAGAGUUGUGCAAGAAAACAGCCCCGCUUUCUCAGAUCUGACCGAAAGGCGAGAGAGAGCAUCCGUCCCCAUCCCCAUCCCUGCAGACAGCAGGGAUAAUGAGCUGAACCACGCCAUCGAACAGCGGGAAGCCAAGAGGAGGGAAGCCGAGAUGGCUGCGGGGGAGACUGCGGCUGGGGACAGCACCCCCGGCUCUUCACCUUCGUCCCUGUACUACGAAGAGCCUCUGGGGCAACCUCCGCGCUUCACACAAAAGUUACGGAGCCGAGAAGUUCCGGAAGGCAGCCGAGUCCAGUUGGACUGUAUAGUGGUAGGAAUCCCACCGCCCCAAGUCAGGUGGUAUUGUGAAGGCAAGGAGCUUGAAAACUCUCCAGAUAUCCACAUCUUGCAGGCCGGGAACCUUCACUCACUGACCAUCGCCGAAGCCUUCGAAGAAGAUACAGGACGAUAUUCCUGCUUUGCUUCCAACAUCUAUGGGACAGAUUCAACUUCCGCUGAGAUUUACAUAGAAGGAGCCUCUUCCUCUGACUCAGAAGGGGACCGUCACAAAGAAGAGAUGAAUCGAAUCCAGAAGCCAGAUGAGGCGUCCUCACCUCCCACCACCUCUGCAGCCAUUCCUCCUGCAGCGCAAGCCCAGCCUCUGGCGGCCCAGCCCAGAGUGUCCACUGUCCAGCAGUGUCAGAGUCCUACCAACUAUUUGCAAGGCCUGAACGGGAAGCCAAUCAUCGCAGCGCCCGUAUUUACGAAGAUGCUGCAGAAUCUGUCAGCCUCUGAGGGGCAGCUGGUUGUCUUUGAGUGCCGAGUGAAAGGGGCCCCGUCUCCGAAAGUCGAGUGGUACAGAGAGGGGACCUUAAUCGAAGACUCUCCGGACUUCAGGAUCUUACAGAAGAAACCGCGAUCCAUGGCAGAGCCAGAGGAGAUCUGCACACUAGUCAUUGCUGAGGUGUUUUCGGAAGACUCGGGAUGCUUCACGUGCACCGCGAGCAACAAAUAUGGCACCGUGUCCAGCAUUGCACAGCUGGACGUGAGAGGAAAUGAAGACGUCAAUGAUAAUGGAGCUCUUCACUCAGCCACCAACCCGACUGUGGCCGAACAACAGCCCUCCCCACCCAACCCACAGCCUCCUUCGGAAGAGCAGCCCCCCAAACCCAAGCUUGAAGGGGUCCUGGUGAACCAUAAUGAGCCCCGGUCCAGCUCCAGGAUUGGGCUGCGGGUGCACUUUAACCUGCCCGAAGAUGACAAAGAUACUGAGACAUCCUCUGGGAGCGGUGCCGCCAACACCAGCCUUACUAGGCCAGAUUCCUUCCCUGAGAGGUUCAAUGGACCGGAAGCCAGAAUCCCAGAGCCUUCCUCACCCGUCAAGGAGCCCCCUCCGGUCCUGGCCAAACCCAAACUUGACUCCACUCAGUUACAGCAGCUUCACAACCAAGUGUUACUGGAACAGCAGCAACUGCAAAACACAUCUCCUUCAUCACCCAAGGAGUCGCUGCCUUUCAACAUGAGUGUCGUGAACUCAGCUCCCCCUGUAGUGACCAUUUCCAGCAAGCAGGUCAAGAGUCCUGCUCCGCAGACAUUCAACUUGGCCCGGCCAAAGCACUUCUUCCCCCCUUCAAGCUCUUCCACAGCAACCGUGUCCCCAUCCAGCUCGCCAGUGUUCACCUUGAGCAGUACCCCUCAAACAAUUCAGAGGACCGUCAGCAAAGAAAGCCUCUUGAUGUCUCACCCCUCCGCGCAAGGCAGAUCUCCAGGCGGGCUCUCCAUCCAAAAUGAGCCAGCUCCUCCAAGCGCAGCAGAGCCAGCAGUGCUGCCGGCAGCCACCUAUUCCAUCCCCAGUGGAAACCAGUUUCAGCCUCACUGCGUAUCCCCGACGCCUGUCUCUCCUACCGGUCGGAUUCAGAACCCGGUAGCUUUCCUUAGCUCUGUUCUGCCUUCUCUCCCUUCCAUUCCACCCACCAAUGCCAUGGGGCUGCCUAAAAGUGCACCAUCCGUACCGCCCCAGGGUCUAAUGAAGAAAACCACAAAGGCCCCUCAAGCAGUAAGUGAUGAUUACAUCCGAGAGAUGAAGAACUCAGUGAUUCUAGAUUUGGGGAAGAAAGUGAAUUUCAGUGACGUCAGAUCACACCAGCAGGAAUAUAAAAUAUCCAGCUUUGAGCAGAGGCUGAUGAACGAGAUAGAGUUCCGCCUGGAGCGUACUCCUGUCGACGAAUCGGAUGACGAGAUACAGCACGACGAAAUCCCCACGGGCAAGUGCAUCGCACCCAUCUUUGACAAAAGACUCAAGCACUUCCGGGUUACCGAAGGCUCCCCAGUCACCUUCACCUGCAAAAUCGUUGGGAUACCUGUUCCAAAGGUUUAUUGGUUCAAAGAUGGGAAGCAGAUUUCUAAGAGAAACGAGCACUGUAAAAUGAGGAGAGAAGGGGACGGGACCUGCUCUCUACACAUCGAGUCCACCCACGGCGAUGACGAUGGCAACUACACCAUCAUGGCAGCCAACCCCCAGGGGAGAAUCAGCUGUUCUGGCCACUUAAUGGUACAGGGUUUGCCCAUCCGAAACCGACUCAGCCCUGCCGGUCAGUCUCACAGAGGAAGGUCCAGAAUGCAAGAAAGAGACAAAGAGCCUCUACAGGAACGCUUUUUCCGACCACAUUUCCUGCAGGCUCCUGGGGAUAUGGUGGCUCACGAGGGCCGCCUCUGUCGGCUGGACUGCAAGGUGAGUGGCUUACCACCCCCAGAGCUGACAUGGCUGCUCAAUGGGCAACCUGUGCUACCCGACGCCUCCCACAAGAUGCUGGUCAGAGAGACGGGAGUCCACUCUCUGCUCAUCGAUCCGCUCACCCAACGUGACGCAGGGACCUACACGUGCGUGGCUACCAACAAAACCGGGCAGAAUUCCUUUAGCCUGGAUCUCACUGUGGUAGCCAAAGAGGUGAAGAAGGCACCCGUGAUCCUGGAGAAACUCCAGAACAGUGGCGUUCCCGAGGGCCACCCCGUGCGCCUGGAGGGCCGAGUCAUAGGCAUGCCCCCGCCUGUGUUCUACUGGAAGAAAGACAACGAGACCAUCCCGUUCAGUAGAGAGAGGAUCAGCAUGCACCAGGACACGACAGGCUAUGUCUGCCUCCUCAUCCAGCCAGCCAAGAAGUCCGACGCUGGGUGGUACACGCUGUCAGCCAAGAAUGAAGCCGGCAUCGUGUCGUGCACAGCUAGGCUGGAUAUAUAUGCUCAGUGGCACCAGCAAAUCCCAACACCCAUAUCCAUCCGGCCCAGCGGCAGUCGCUAUGGGUCUCUCACCAGCAAAGGACUCGACAUCUUUUCUGCAUUCUCCUCCGUGGAAAGCGCGAUGGUGUAUUCCUGCACUUCUCGGAGCGUCGUGGAGAGCGAUGAACUUUAAGGAUGUCUGGGUGCCUGCUGUGUAAGAGGGCGGACUGUGGAGGGGGGAAGGAAGGCUGAUCGUAGGCAGUGGUUUCCAAACAACUGGACGUGAGUGAGUUUCCAUCCUGUGGGACCCGUGGCAAGAAGCGUUUUAAGGAUGUCGGCUGGGGCUCGCUGAGCCUUGGCUGAGGGAGAAAUAUAGGGCUGUGCGUCUUAAAAGAUGCCAGUAGACAAUAGACCCAAACCAAAGACACCACCACACCACCGCCAGACACCACAGCUUUUGGUGGGGGCAAGGGGGCUAGCAUGCUCCCCCACCUGAUGUGUUAGAGAUGCUAGGCCCAGCUAAGAGCAAUUAGGAGCCAUAGCCAGGACUGAGAGAAGUUAGCAAACUUAGGAUAGAUACAAAGGAGAAAGAUGGGGAGCCCGUUGUCACCUUUCAUGGGUUACAUCCAUAUCAGUCAUCCUGGUGAAUUCAUUAAAUGAGCUCCCACUUAACAUUAGAGGAUCUUGCCAUACGCCUAUCCCCACCAAAGUGGCAAAGCACUUAGUUUGCAUUAUCCUACCUGUGGAGUAAUAAGAAGCCAAAAUGUGCCUGAGAUUUAAAGAGAAAACAAAAAAACAAAGAGAGAGAAAAAGAGAGAGAGAGAGAGAGAGAGAGAGAGAGAGAGAGAGAGAUUACUGUGACACUCAGAUUUCCCACUUCACUUGUUAUGUGGUCAAAACAAGGCUCCCACCAGCCUAUCAGUGCCGUUUUAGGCAGAAAGCUACACCCAGCUCCAUCCCUAGUGCCUUCGAUGGUUACCUCGAGCACUGUGGAGAGAUCUUUGAAAUACAUCUGCUGGGGAACGACUCCGAGACUGAACGACCUUUCGGUUUCUACCGUUCUUAGCCUGUCCAAACAUGGCCCCGGGAAUGGUUGUCACAGCGGUUUGCUGCAGGGCAAGCCAGGGCUAUGAACUGGAGGUGUCUGUUGUCAAUUCCCUUUGCUCAAAUCUCGGGUGUUCUCUGUCGCAGCUGCCCCUCAGCUGGCCUCCUUCUCAAGUGGUUUUAGCUGGAGAUAGUAAUUGCUUAGAAAGGCUUGAAACUUCCUUUGCUUCAAGGCAAGGAUUUCCAGUAUAAAAAUAAAUUCAUUUACUCAAAAGAAAAAAAAAU